UGCAUUAAAGCCUACAGCUCGGACUGGUACGUCGUGAACUACAAAUACGACGAAUAUUCUGGCGAUUUCCGAAUGUUACCGUGCAAAUCCUUCAGGCCAGAAAAGGUCCCAAGCCACAUCUUUGAAACUGAUGAAGACUUUGAUAAAGACGAGGACGCUUCCUCGCUCUGUUCCCAAAAGGGGGGUGUGAUCAGGCAAGGCUGGCUGUACAAGGCUAACGUCAACAGUACCAUCACUGUCACCAUGAAGCGGCUCGAUUUCUCCGGACUUGAGGUGGACAUCCAACCCUUUGAGGAAAGGGGCCGGCCACGCUUCCUGCUGAAUUGCCACACCCUGACCUUCAACCUCCUGGCCCAGCUGAAUGACAGCUCCAAGGACCCCCCUUCCAAUGUAGAGCCGUUCUUCCUCAGCCUGGCUCUCUUCGAUCUGAAAAACUGCUGCAAGAUCUCAGCAGAUUUCCACGUGGACUUAAAUUCUGGGCCCGUGCGGGAGAUGCUGCGCGACUCUUCCGACCAACAACUUGGAAACAGCCCCAUCAACAGCCCUUCCCUCCACGGCAUGGCUGAGUCCAGCUUGCGCUACAUAAAGCAGGGGGUCUUCUCUGUGACCAACCCACACCCGGAAAUUUUUCUCGUUGCCCGGGUGGAGAAAGUGCUUCAAGGGAGCAUUGCCCACAGCGUGGAGCCCUACGUCAAGAACUCAGAUCCUGCAAAGACGGCGCAGAAGGUCCACAAGUUGGCCAAGGUGGUAUGUAGCCGUCUUGGACGAUACCGUAUGCCCUUUGCUUGGGCGGUCAGGUGAGUCUGCUUCUUCUGCUGAUGUCAAUGCCAACAUGUCACCCUUCCUUUGAGCGGAAGAUGCCAGGAGCUAAGCCACUUGCCCACAGCUGCCAGGACAAACUGCCAUCUGAAGAUGGCAUUCAGAGGUUCUUCAUGGCGGGGAGACCUAUUUUGACCUUGCUCUUCCAGGAGUCUGCUUCUUCUACUCUUCCUCAGAAGGACAUUUCCUGGUUGAAAUCUCCAUCCCUGGAAGUUUGUUGGCCUUUAGGAGGCCACAUCCCGUAGGGUUUCCUUUGCUAUCCAAAUACAUCUCCAGAUACAAGGUUGAAUGAAAUAGCCCUGAAAUAGCCCAGAGAAAUAUUUUCUCUGCGACUGGUAAUUUGAUAAUCCAAUUUUCUUUGCUCAGCACUUCUAAAGACACACCGACAGACUCCCCGGGAAACCUCUCUCCCUUCUUAGCUUAUGUUCUCCAGAAAGUUGAAUGCACAUUCAUCUUAACAUUGUCCAAGACUUUGAUUCCUCUUUGAUUCAUUUCGUCAGGGCAGUUCCAUGAAAAAGGCCACUCCUGGGCCUGCAUGUCCUUCAAACUUGGUUUGAUCUCUUGACUUGAAUGGUUAAAAUGAAAGA